GGGGGGGACCGGGGCGCGCGGGAGACGGCUUCCGGGUCCGAGGCUGCCAUCACCACCAUGGAGACCAUCCUGGAGCAGCAGCGCCGCUACCACGAGGAGCGCGAGCGGCUGAUGGACGUGAUGGUCAAGGAGAUGCUGACUCGCAAGUCCACGCUGCGGGAUCAGAUCAACUCGGACCACCGCACGCGGGCCAUGCAGGACCGAUACAUGGAAGUCAGCGGCAACCUGCGCGACCUCUACGAUGACAAGGACGGAUUGCGAAAGGAGGAGCUCGGCGCGAUUUCUGGGCCCAACGAGUUCGCCGAGUUCUACAACCGGCUGAAGCAGAUCAAGGAGUUCCAUCGCAAGCAUCCCAACGAGGUAAGCGGGAAUUUGUCAGUAGAAUUUGAGGAGCUCUUAAAGGCCCGGGAAAACCCAAGCGAAGAGGCUCAGAACCUUGUGGAGUUCACUGAUGAAGAAGGAUAUGGCCGCUAUCUGGACCUGCACGAUUGCUACCUGAAGUACAUCAAUCUCAAGUCAUCUGAGAAACUGGACUACAUCACUUACCUGUCUACUUUUGACCAGCUCUUUGACAUUCAGGAUAGAAAGAAUGCUGAGUACAGAAGGUAUUUGGAGAUGCUGUUGGAAUAUCUGCAGGAUUAUACAGACCGAGUAAAGCCUCUGCUUGACCAGAAUGAGCUGUUUGGCAAAAUUCAGGGNGAGAGAAUACAUUUUGAGAAAAAGUGGGAGAUUGGCACUUUCCCUGGUUGGCCGAAAGAGACUAGCAGUGCCCUCACACAUGCUGGGGCCCACCUGGACCUCUCUGCCUUCUCCUCUUGGGAGGAGUUGGCUUCCCUUGGUCUAGAUCGGCUGAAAUCUGCCCUGCUGGCCUUAGGUCUGAAAUGUGGAGGAACGUUGGAGGAACGUGCUCAGAGGCUUUUCAGCACAAAGGGCAAGUCCCUGGAAGCCCUUGAUCCUGCUCUCUUUGCCAAAAACCCAAAGACAAAAGGGAGCAAGCGGGACACAGAGCGGAAUAAGGAUGUGGCCUUCCUAGAAGCCCAGAUCUAUGAGUACGUGGAGAUCCUUGGGGUAAGAGCCACCCCCCCUCCCCUGAGCAUGCAGAUCAGUGAGAGCGAAAGUGAGGAUGAAGAUAAUGAGAUCAUCUACAACCCCAAGAACUUGCCACUGGGCUGGGCUGGUAAACCAAUUCCCUACUGGCUCUACAAGCGCCACGGGUUGAACAUCAACCACAACUGUGAGAUCUGUGGGAAUUAUACAUACCGUGGACCCAAAGCUUUCCAGUGACAUUUUGCGGAAUGGCGCCACGCUCAUGGGAUGCGAUGCUUGGGCAUUCCCAACACAACUCCCUUCGCAAAUGUUACACAGAUCGAAGAUGCCGUGUCGUUGUGGGCCAAGCUGAAGCAACAGAAGGCUUCGGAGAGGUGGCAGCCAGAUACGGAAGAGGAAUAUGAAGACUCCAGUGGGAAUGUGGUCAACAAGAAAACCUAUGAAGACCUGAAACGCCAAGGCCUGCUGUAAACAGAGAUUCCCCCGCCCCCAAAACCACUCAUAUCCCCUUGUAUCCCUUUUGGUGACUGGAGUCCUUGAGGGCAGGCACUCCUAGUCAACAGAAUGGAUUCUGUAAGACUUUUGCUUUAUGUGGAACUGAUACAUUGAAAUAAACUACUUUUAAAGGAA